AUGGCUGCUUCAAACAACUUUGUGCUGUUGGUAUAUCUGACUGUUAUAAGUGUGAUAACAUGUAAGUCUUGGGCUCACUGUAAUCCUGCCUGUUACUUGGAGAUCAUUGUCACAUACGAGGACUAUGAGUAUAUACAAGAAGGAGAUAUUAUGAUUGCAGGAGUGCUAACUGUCAACUCAUUCAUAGUUCCUUUCAAGUAUCCCUGGGACAUUUACAAAAGGAUGCUGUGUGUUUGGCCUGUUCCUGAGUAUUAUAGACAGUUAGUGGACUUUCGUUUUGUAAUUGAGCAAGCUAACCAGGAUGCCGCUCUGUUACCCAACCUGACUCUGGGGUACCAUAUAUAUGAUUCCUGUGGGGACCCCCGGAAGGCAGUGAGGAGUGUUUUACAAAUAUUAUCUGGUACCAGGGAGCCAGUUCCCAAUUACUCCUGUGUGGGAAAGAGAAACAUUGCUGGAUUUAUUGGGGAUCUCACAUCGGAGACAACUGUACCCAUAGCACAAAUAUUGAGCCUGCUUGGAUAUUCCCAGAUCAGUUAUGGAGCUACAGACACUUUGCUCAGUAACAGAGUCACUUUCCCAUAUUUUUUCCGGACAUUACAAAGUGAUCACGGCCAUUAUUUUUCUUUAAGCAAAUUACUGAAAGCUUUUGGUGGGAACUGGGUUGGGAUUAUCACAUCCAAUGAUAUAAGUGGAGAGAAGGAACUGCAGAUACUGACAAACUAUUUAUCCAUAGAUGGGAUAUGUGUUGAGUUCACCAUAAAGAUAAGUGACUAUAUGGAUGGGAUUUCAUCUGCUGCCAAUGUCCAUAAUGAUUUGCCCUAUAAGGACAUCAUUCAGAAAUCCUCGACCAAUGUAAUUGUCCUUUGUGGAAAAGUUUCUAUUGCCAUGAUAGGAAAAUUAGACCUUUAUACCGAUGCAUUCAUAGAGAAAACAUUAAUUGUCUCUUCAACACUGACGGCUAAAACUCCCAUUAUGGAAUAUACGCUGGAAAUAUUCAAAAACAUUUUGGGUUUUUUGCAGCAUUCCCUAUUUUCAGUAGACAGCCCAGAAUUAAAAAACUAUAUAGAAAAUAUCCAUCCUUCACAUUAUCCACAGGACAAAUUGCUGGAGGAUAUCUGGAUGCAAUAUCAUUCAUGUUUGUCAAAACAACAAAACAGAAAUUUUGUGUAUGAAAGAUUGUACAUGUCUGCACUUCACAACUGCACUGGACAGGAACGCAUCACAGAUAUCCGCCAUUUUGACAGUAAAUUAUACUCUCCCAGUGUGCCCCUUGCUGUUGAUAUGAUGUCACACGCAAUUCAUGAUAUGGAAACUUCCCUCGUUGGUCAAAAUCACUCACAAAUCUAUAAGUACCAGUUACACCACUACCUAAAACAACUUCAGUACAAAACUUCAAAGGGUACCACUGCCACUUUUGAAGAAAACGGAGAGCUAAUAACUCAGUACAUGAUUUUUAACUGCGUCUUGGGAUCUGAUACACAAAUAACAAUAAACUAUCUGGGAGUUUUCAAACCAUGGGACUUAUCAAAUGACAAACUAAUGAUCAACUCAUAUCAAAUAAUGUGGACGGACAACAAUAGCAAGUUACCCAGUGCUAAAUGUUCAGAGAGUUGCCUCCCAGGUUCCAGAAAGGUUUCAAGAAUUGGAGCCCAGUCCUGCUGCUAUGAUUGUGCCGAGUGCUCGAAGGGAGAAGUUUCCAGUAUAAUUGACAGUGUAAAUUGCAUCAAAUGCCCAGAUAUGGAAUGGCCCAAUAAGAAAAAAGAUCAGUGUAUUCCCAAAAGUGAAGACUAUCUCCCAUACAGUAAUGAUGGAUUGUCUGUAUUUUUUUCAUCUAUCUCAAUUCUUUUUGCUCUUGUAACUGUGCUCAUAUUGGGGGUUUUUAUUGAACACAGGAAAACCCCCAUUGUAAGAGCCAACAACAGAAGCCUGAGCUUCCUCCUCCUGGUCUCCAUCAAGCUGAGCUUCCUCAGUGUGUUUCUGUUCCUCGGUCGCCCUGUGGAUAUAACCUGCAUGCUGCGUAUCAUCACUUUUGGAAUCACCUUCUCCAUAGCUGUCUCUUCUCUCCUGGCCAAGACUAUCAUGGUUUGUGUUGCUUUCAAAGCCACCAAGCCAGGGAGCUCAUGGAGAAAAUGGGUGGGAGUCAAACUGUCCAAUUCUGUAGUCUUGUUCUGCUCAUCCAUUCAAAUAAUAAUCUGCAUGACUUGGUUGGCCAUUUCUCCUCCCUUUCAGGAACUGGACCUUCACACUUACCCUGGAACCAUCAUCAUUCAGUGCAAUGAGGGCUCAGCUAUUGGCUUUUACUCAGUUAUUGGGUAUAUGGGGCUUCUGGCAGCUGUUAGUUUUGUUUUAGCAUUUUUAGCUCGGACAUUACCGGCCAGUUUUAAUGAGGCCAAAUACAUCACUUUCAGCAUGUUGCUCUUCUGCAGUGUUUGGAUCACAAUGAUCCCGGCCUAUCUGAGCACCAAAGGCAAAAACACUGUGUGUGUGGAGAUAUUUGCCAUACUCACUUCAAGUGCUGGACUUUUAGCCUGUAUAUUUCUCCCAAAAUGUUACAUAAUAAUAUUUAGACCUAAAAUUAACACAAAAACCCAUUUACUUGAAAACAAAUCUUCAUAA